AAACAUAUUGUUCCCUCCGUAAAACGGAGGGUUUGUUUUCACUGCUGUAUACAUGUUGUGGGUCAGAGGGACGUUUGUCAGCAUGAUAACCGAGAGAAUGCAUGGAUGGAUUGUUUGUCACCAGGCCCCCCUGGGUAGGUCCCCAUGUCCUGGGUGCUCAGCCUAUCUGAUGGAGCCCUUCAUCAAGUGUGCACAGUGUAAACCUCCUGUACUACUGUGUCUGCAGUGUUUUGCAAGAGGCUUUGAAAAAUCCGGCCAUGAGAGUGAUCACAGAUAUGAGAUCAUUACUAAUGAGUUCCCUGUGUUUGACCUUGGCUGGACAGCUGUGGAGGAACUAAAGCUGCUGGAAGCCCUGGGGGAUUGUGGGAUUGGUAAUUGGCAGGAGAUAUCCAACAAUGUUGGGACCAAAUCAGCAGGAGAGUGUGAAUCCCACUACUUGUUGUACUAUGUCGGCAGGGCCAGGCCACCACUACCAGUUUUUGAGGAACCAAAGAAUAUGGACCAGCUGUCUCCAGUCACUGCCAAAUUGAGUGAGGACCCGCCCCGCCCGGCAGCUGACUCCGCCCGUGCUGUGGAGAUGGCUGGGUACAUGCCAGCCAGGGGGGACUUCACAGAGGAGUUCAACAACUUUGCAGAAUGGGACAUCAAAGACAUCUACUUCCUUGAUGUUGACGAUGAUUUGCUACGAGCAUUAAAGCUUGCUGCAGUUGACAUUUAUCAAUCUCAACUCAAGGAGAGGUGUAGAAGAAAAAAGAUUACAAGAGACUGUGGACUGAUAAAUCUGAAGAAACACCAGAUGUAUGAUAAAAGGUACAACAGGGCUGUGCGGGACAUGAAGGAUGGACUGAGACCUUUCUUGGAGUUCUUUCUUCCUGAACAGUUUGAAAGCUUUAUGGAAGGGCUGAUUUUGGAGCAGGAUAUGCAGAAGGAGGUUAGAAGACUGCAGGAAUUGAGACAAGCUGGAAUCUCUUCCUUCAGAGCGGGACAUCUGUAUGAGAAACUCAGGCGUCGGAGGGAGGAGGAACUUGGAAGGAGACAUAUGCUCACUGAUGUCCUCAGCAACAUGCAGGAUGAAUUUGCUUGUCAGCAGUGGCUGCAUCGUCAGGCACACAUGGAAGUAAAUCCUGGUAGUAACGUCCCUUUGCUACCACUAUCAGCCACAGGUCAGUGCUACCUCAAUGGAUUAAUAUUUUAUUCAUCUUUUGGUAUGGUGAAAUAUAUUGUACCUUUGGACCUUACACAGUUUGCUGGGUAUGAUAAGCUCAGUGAAGCUGAAAAGGAGAUGUGUGCCAAUGUACGGUUCCUCCCAGAGGCUUUCUUUGAGUACAAAGACAUCUUGCAGAGGGAAGCUGAGAGGCAGGGCGGUUUGCGGCUAGCCCAGGCCAGGCAACUACUCAAGAUUGAUGUCAACAAAACGAGGAAACUCUUUGACUUCCUCAUUCAAGAAGGUGCCAUCUCAAAACCAGAUUAAGAUGUUUUUGAGACCCAUGAAAUGAAGGAAACCAUUGGCCGUGUCAAAGUGUAGAGCUGUUCUUGGGAGUACAAUGUAAAUGGGCAGUAAUAAAUUGACUGCAGCUGUGUAUGGUGAUUAAUGUAGCCACUCAUAGCUGAUCAAUUCCUGAAGACACCAUGACUUACAUGUAUGAAUCCAUGAUAAAAAUUCAGAAUUAGAAAGACUUUGUAAGAGAGUAAGUGUUAAAUAGUUUUAUCAUUGGCAUAAAUAGAAAACGGUACUGAGUAGUGAGAAUGGAAAAUGACAAUGGAUAGUGAUUAGCUUGCCAUGGCUAAUAUUGUAAACUAUGUACAAUGCGCAUGUGUUAUGACCUGGGUUGUUAUGAUUCAUGUUAUUUUGAGAAAAAAAUUUCUUUUCAAAGUGUAAAAAGUAUGACAGUACAGGGAAAAGAGAAGUACAUUGUAAUAUCUGUAAAGUUAGGCUGGAAGAUCUUAUCAUACGUAGAUAUCAGCAUAUAUAUUUCAUGUAUUAUGAUGCUUUAUCAUACAUCUCGACAGAAGUAUUUCGCAGCCUGUUUGCGUGUUGCACACUCCUUGCCCAUGUAAAAUUCCAUCAUUAGUCAAUUAAGUAAAUUUGAUUCUGAUUUAUUAUCUGAUUAAAGCAUCAAUUAAGCUGUCUACAUACGAAAAAAUAAUGACGAUCCAUCAACCUC